AUGUAUACAGUCACACUUCAGAAACUAUUCGGUACGCCGCCGCUUUCUCCGCAUGCGUUCUUCUACAAUUAUGAUACAAAGAGCCUUUCGCCACUUCCUGGUACGACGAAAUCGAGACUGUGCGGCGAGACGUAUACAGUCACACUUCAGAUGUUAUUCGGUACGCCGCCGCUUUCUCCGCAUGCGUUUUUCUGCAAUUGUGAUACAAGGAGCCUUUCGCCACUUCCUGGUACGACGAAAUCAAGACUGUGCAGCGAGAUAUAUACAGUCACACUUCAGAAGCUAUUCGGUACGCCGCCGCUUUCUACGCAUGCGUUCUUCUGCAAUUAUGAUACAAAGAGCCUUUCGCCACUUCCUGGUACGACGAAAUCGAAACUGUGCUGCGAGAUGCAUACAGUCACACUACAGAAGUUAUUCAGUACGCCGCCGCUUUCUCCGCAUGCGUUCUUCUGCAAUUAUGAUACAAAGAGCCUUUCGCCACUUCCUGGUACGACGAAAUCGAGACUGUGCGGCGAGAUAUAUACAGUCACACUUCCGAAGCUAUUCGUUACGCCGCCGCUUUCUCCGCAUGCGUUCUUCUGCAAUUGUGAUACAAAGAGCCUUUCGCCAUUUCUUGGUACGACGAAGUCGAGACUGUGCGGCGAGAUGCAUACAGUCAUUCUUUCGAACUUAUACGGAACAUCGCCGCUUUCUUCGCAUACGCUCUUCAGCGAUUGUGUUGCAAUCCGCAUUCCGCCGUUUCUCACUUCAUCGACGUAG